ACAGCUAUGAACGCAACUCUCACGAGACGAAGCGAGAUCCAAGAUGGCGGCCCCCUGCGACUAGAAUUAAAUAAACAAACUUCUGUCAUACGACAGAAAACCUUUGUUUCUUUUCUGUUUUUCGUCACCUGCUGGUUCACAUUCACGCUCCGAAACCGGAACACAAUACAAAACUACAUCGACGACUGUUUUCAAGGAGUCUGCAUCAUGAACACGAAUGAUGCAGCCGACGCGAAAAAGAAUAAAACCAGCUCCACUACGAGCAACAGACGACUCCGACAGAGAUCUCCCUCCAGCUCAGAUGUCCAGCAGCUGUUGGUGAUUAAAAAAGAGGUUUUCUCUGAGUGGAGCCCCAGCAUGGACCAGAGGAACCCAGAGCUCCGACAUAUAAAAGAGGAACAGGAGGAACUCUGGACCAGUCAGGAGGGAGACCAGCUUCAUGAGAUGAAGGAGGAUACUAUUACCAGGUUCCCAUUCACUGCUGUCACUGUGAAGAGUGAAGAUGAUGAAGAGAAACCUCAGUCAUCACCACUUCUUCAAAGUCAAACUGAGGACAUCAGAAAGACAGCGUCUCCAAUCAGCAGCUCAGCAACACAGAUAAAAACAGAGACUAACAGAGAGGACUGUGGAGGAUCUGAACCUGCCAGGAACCAAGAUCCAGUUAGUCAUCCACCAGCAAAUACUGAUGAAAAGGCUUCAGACUGUUCGGAGACUGAAGUCAGUUAUGACUGGCAAGAGCCUUUGUCAGAUUCUGAGUCUGAAAGUGGAUCACAGAAGAGAGAAAAGCCAUUUGUUUGUGAUGAUUGUGGGAAAAGAUUUACCCUGAAGAAAUACCUGACACUGCACAUAAGAAUCCACACAGGAGAGAAACCAUUUGGUUGUGAUAUAUGUGGGAAAAAAUUCAACCAACUGACUCAUCUGAAGACACACCUGACAAUCCACACAGGAGAUAAACCAUUUGUUUGUGUUGAUUGUGGAAAAAGCUUUAGCCUAAAGAAAAAUUUUAACAGGCACAUGCGAAUCCACACAGGAGAGACAUUGUGUUGUGAUGUUUGUGGUAACAGAUUUCAAUGUCAGGCUCAUCUUACAACACACAUGAUAGUCCACACAGGAGAGAAACCAUUUGAAUGUGGUGAUUGUGGGAAAACAUUUAGCCUCAAGAAAAAUCUCGACCGGCACAUGCGAGUCCACACAGGAGAGACGCCAUUUAGUUGUGAUGUUUGUGGUAAUAUAUUUCAGUGUCAGGCACAUCUUGUGGCACACUUGAGAGUCCACACAGGGGAGAGACCAUUUGGCUGUGUUGAUUGUGGGAAAAGAUUCAGCCUUAAAAAAAAUCUUGACAGACACAUGAGAGUCCAUUCAGUAGAUAAACCAUUUCGUUGUGAUGUUUGUGGAAAACAAUACAAAGACCCAAGUAGUCUGAAGACACACAUGAAGGUACACUCUUGACAGAAACAUGUCAGCUGCAUAUUAUCUUGUACUGAAUCCUUGUAUUUUGUGUGUGUCUUUUCUUGUGUUUAAUACCUUAACAACAUGAUGCGGGUCUGUCAAGAUUUUGAGGGUUUUUUAAAAUGUGGCAGCUUACUUGUGUUUACACACGUGUGCCUUGGUCAAAAAACUGUCAGUAAAGGUUAUAUAUCAUCCAAGUUUCAGAUUUCUAGUACUAAAUCAAAGACAACUGGACAAUGCUUCUUACAGACUCCACUUGUAAAAUGUCCACUCAGUCCUCAAGACUUGUGCCAAAUCCCGCAAAUUAGCUUGGAGUGAAGCAUUAUAACUGUCAACCAGGCUUUAGAUGACAGGCAACCAUAUGAAUAAAUGUUGCUAACUGGGUGCAUAUUUCCAUUGUAAUUCACUACACAGAUCUGUGCAGGAAGUAAUCGAAAUGUCAUGGGUACCAACAGAAUCCAGUUUUGUCUCUGACAACCCUUACAUAAAAGAUAAUCAUAAAGUUUACUGCAGCAAUUCCACUACCUGCUGUGUGAUUAUCAGACAACAGUGUCAGUUCUAUAUUUUCUGCCUCAUAUGACACCUGCACUCUAUUUAAAAUCACACUCAAUAUUGUUUUGAAGUAGUGAACCAGGGGUACUCGUGAUGGUCUGAGUCUCUCCUUUAAUGACAAUAAGACCAUUUUAAUACCUGCAAGGCAUAACUCUUGUUAUUGUGUGUUAAAAUGGAAAGAAGCAAAAAUACUCAAAGAUCCUCUUAUCUUUGUCUCUUCCCCCAAGUCAAAGAAUAAACUUUUCUGACUGGAACCGUU